AAUAAAUUUAGUUUGCAUACGUCUCUCUGUUUUUUGUAAUUAUUUGAUGCUUCAUUUAUUCAUCCCAUCCCUUCCCUUCCGCUUCCCUUCCAUUCUGUCUGCACUGCCUUCAGCUUUACUCAAUCAUUCCUACCCCUCCCAUACACUGUUUUUGCUUUGCACAAAUCAAUAUUCUAAGCUUUCCAUGGCUCCUAAAUUCCUACUCUCUCAAUCUUGAUGAUAAUCAUCCCUGUUUUGGUGUUUUCUGCUUCAAUCAUAUCUAUAAACCAGUUUUCGGUUUUUUCUAUGCACAAAUUGAUAUUCUAAGUUUGCCAUGGCUCCUAAAUUCCUACUCUCUUAAGUUUGAUGAUAAUCAUCCCUGUUGUGGUGUUUUCUGCUACAAUCAUAUCUAUAAACAAGUUUUGGGUAUAGAAAGUUAAUCAGAGGCCAAUCAAGAAAGAGGAGAUUUGAGCAGAAAGUUUGAAUCAAUUGGUGUUUUCAUUAGUAGAGCAAAGAAAGGAAGAAAUUGAAGUGCGAAAACAAGGAAUUAAGGCGAGAUUGAAAAUGAGAAAACUUACGACUCUAGGGCGAGGAGCAGCAAUGGCAAUGGCGGAGAUGAACAGCAACGUUCCUCCAUCUGUCGGACCGCCGCCUCAGCCAUCUCCGGCGAACUGCGACGCGCACAAAUGUCCGUGGUGGCCGUACUCCAACGCCAAGGAUUUCAAAGCGAACACCGCCUUAGUCCUCGUCAUCCUCUUCUGCGCCUUGAUCUGUGCCCUCGCUUUCAACGCCGGCGUUCGCUACUUCAUACGCUCGCAUUGCUUCCGCCGCCGGCAGCGCGACGAGAAGGCGGAUCCCGGAGGCGCCGCCGCGGAUCAUCCGCCGGAAAUCCCCUCGCUAACCUACUCAGAAGGCAUGGAACUGGCCGGAGCCGAGACCGAAUGCAUCAUCUGCCUCUCGGAAUUCGCAAUUGGGGAAAAAAUUAGGGUUCUGGAGAAAUGCAACCAUGGAUUCCACCUUCACUGCAUUCAGAAAUGGCUCAUUUCGCAUUCUUCCUGCCCUACUUGCAGAACGAGCUGCUCCAUCGAAUCCAACCUUCCGCCUCCAUGAAAAUGAAAAUUCUCACCUCGUAGUAAAAAUUUUCGGCCAAAAAUUCCUUGUUUCCGAGCUAAAACUUCACAAUUAAGCCGAAUUUUGGUAUGAACAAAUCUGCUUUUUCUUCUUAAUCAUUAGGUUAAUCAUUGUAUUAAGCAGUUAUUAAUCUUCUGGUUGGAUUAUUAUCAUCAUAA